UGUGUGUAGUAUGUGUGAGAAAGUUUCUUGCUGAAGAAGCAAUGAAGACGCUGUACUUGUUCUUGCUCACGCUGUUCGGUGUCUUCACUCAGAACAGUGACUGGGGUGUGAACUAUCCUGAUAAACUGAUCUGUGCUGUGAGAGGAUUCAGUGUCUCCAUUAAAUGUAGUUAUUAUUAUCCACAAGAUCAUCAGGUGAAACAAAAGCUUUGGUGCUCGAUGAACUCAAACACAGAUGUGUGUGAAAACCCACCGUAUGUUUAUAACAGCUCAUUAAACACUGAGUCAGACUUUAAGUUCACUGGAGACGACAAAUCAGACUGUACUUUAUUAAUCCACAAUGUACAGUUCAGUUAUUCUGGAGAGUACAAAUUCAGAUUUAUUACUGAUGUGGACAAAGGUAAAUGGACAGGAAAUCCUGGAGCGACUCUACAAGUUACAGAUUUAAAGGUGUCACUAAUCAGACUCAGUGGAAACGGAACCCUUAAACAAGGAGACUCCUUAAAUCUGAUGUGUGAUGUGAACUGCACACACACUUCCUCACAGUUUGUGUGGUCUAAGAACAACCAGCGUUUAAAUACAUCAGGACCCGUUCUUCACUUUCCUGCUCUAACCGUGAGGGAUUUUGGGGAUUACACCUGCACUUUGGGAACCGGUGAGACGUCAGGAUCUAAAACCAUCAGCCUUCACGUGGAGGGUGAAGGUUUUGAUCAAUGGAAAAUCUGGAUCAUUAUUUUCAUUGUUGUUGUGAUUUUGGUGAUCGUGGCUGCUGUAUUUUAUCUCAGGAGGAAACGUGAGAGAGGUGAAGAGAACGCACAGGAUGGAGCAAACAAACACGAUAAACAGCCAAAGCCACAGCCGAGCACUGUUCCUCAACUAGAUGAUGAAACACUGCCUGAGGAGGAAGUGACUUACGCGAGCGUGUGUGUCAAAGACAAGAAAAAAAAGCAAGGGUGUGUCAACACCGAGCAACAGAAGGAGGACGAUAGUGUCAUCUACAGCACUGUCAUUAAAUCCUGAUCACAUUAUUACAUCUCCUUCAAACUCAUCAGAGCUGUAAAGAUUUUUGUGGGAACCUGAGAGAAGUUUAAUAUGAAUAUAAAAUACAUCUCAUCAAUUCCAGAUUAGUGUUUAUUAAUAUCAUUAAGUGAGAGUAUCUCUGUGUUUGCUUUAAUUUGGCCCUUGAUUAGAACAUUGCCUUUAGUUUAAUAUUCACUCUGGCUUUUAUUCCUCUAUGAAUUGUUCAGUCAUGAGCAGAACAUCGUGUACACACACACGAGCAAUUUAGAGCAAUGAGCAGCCAGUAUGACUACAGGAACCAGAAGGAACUUCUCACUUAACCGUUGUUAAAAAAAAAAGUUCCUCUAAAGUGAUAGAGCUCAAACACCAGCAGAUCUGUUUUCCAGUCUCCUAACAUUGUAUUUAAAAAAAAAACUCUUAAAAAUAUUUUGCAUUUCAAUAAAUAAAGUACGGUAAUGUGGUUUCAGCUGUUUACCAUAUUGUUUAUAGUGCAGGGACAUUUUUACCCUAAAGAUUAUAAAUUCUGAUUCUCUGUGACCGUUAAUGCAGGGGCUAAAUCACAGAAAUCACAUCACUGUACAUUCUUAACUAUAGAACAUCUAGAUACUUUUAUUAAAGUAUUAUUUUAAUCUUAUUUUAAUGGAUUGUGGGAUUCUGCAUGAAAACCUUAAACCUCUGUUUCUUCGACAUUAUGACUGUAUCAUGGAACGCAUCACUUUAUUAACUUCUAAGCUGUUUAAUGCAGGACAGUGAUGUAAUUUUUGGACUCCAGACUUUACUGAUGUCUCCGCUUUCUUCACUCGAUUCACUGGUCCUGUUGUGUACGUCUUGACUUCCGUAAAAAUAAAAUCUCGAUGCUUUCUUAGA